AUGCGUAGGGAUGGAGGUGACCGAGUCCUUUCUCCCUUCCAGGAGGAGAGGGAGAAGCGGCGGCUGGAGCAGCUGGAACGCAAGAAGGAGCUGCAGCGUCUGCUGGAGGAGGAAGACUCGAAGCUGAAAGGGAAGUCGCCCAAGCAGGUCACGCCCGGCAAAGUCACCAGGGCCCAGAUCGAGGAGACAAUCCGAAAGGAGCAGCAGCAGAAGGAGAAUGCGGAUACAGCGGAGAAGGAGAAGACUCACUUGGAGGUCCCCUUGGAAGAGAACCUCAACAGAAGGGUGCUGGAGGAAGGGUCAGUGGAGGCCCGGACGAUCGAGGACGCCAUCGCCGUCCUCAGGUGCGUGACCGGAGCUCGACGCCGCGCGACUCACCCCGACCGCAAGACCAGGACGCGGCCCCUGCCCCGUCGUGCCCUGGAGCUGAAGUGGGCAGGGG